AUGGAAGUUUUGGAUAAUUUAAUUUAGAAGAACCCGAAAGAUAUGCAAAAACCACUAGAAGAAAUGCAUGAUUUCAUGAAAAACUAGACUUUUAAUUCUAAAGAUUAAAUAGCAGAUCCAACACAUCCAAAAUAGGAAAUAAAAAUCUAGUCUUCAAAAUUAAGGUAACUUAGAACAUCUUCUGAUCCUUAACUAGUUUGGGAAUCUCAUUAAAACACAUCAUUUAUGAGUGAAUUUUAAGACUUAAUUUAGAAACGAUUAAACGAAGUUAAGAGAAGCCCAAAAAUAUUUAAAUACUAUUGUAAAAUUGGAUUUCAAGUAAUAAUAUAUUUGUUAAACAUACUUGAACUUUUCUUUACUUUAAGUUACGGUUUUUAUAAUAAAAUUACUCUUAACUUAAGUUACUAUUACUAUUGUUAUUAUUUAUCUAUAGGUUUCUGUAUUUUAUUUCAUAUUGGAGCCUGGAUUUACACUUAUAAAUUUAGGUAAAUUACUAAAAAAAAUAUAAUUGAAGAAAUUACAUACUAUAUCUACUAUAUGUUUAUGGGAGUAUUGAGUUAUUUAAAAAUAGCUCCUUUUAUUUAUUUUUAAAGUAGAGAUAAAUCAAUUAAAUAAUUUUCAUUUAGUGAAAUUGACAAAUAUAUAUUUUUAACUUAGGAUGAUAAAAGAAUAUUUCCAUGUAGACUUUUCAAUAAAAGAAAUAAACCUGUAAAUAUUUUUAGAGAUUUAAUAUUUCAUAGAGUUGCACUUCUUUCUAUGAUUAUUACAAUGGCUAUUUAAACAAUUCCUUAAAUUUUUAUUUAAGGAUUUUAUAACACAAAAAGAUAGGCAUGGGAUAAAUAUAAUACGAUUAGUUUUAUAUUAUUAAUAAUUAAUUUUAUCUAUUACUUUUUGGAAUUUUAUAUUAUUGUAAAUACUUCAUUCGGUAAAUAAGUCCAAAAGUAAGUACAACUUAAAUUGAAUAAAAUAAAAUUAACAUUGCUUUAAGAAACAAAACAAUUAUUAAAAUCUGAUUUAUAAUUUCUAAAAUAAGUUGAAUCUUAUUAUAUACAUAUUAAUCCAAGUACAUUCAGCCCAUAUUAAAAGCAAAAAUGUAUGGUUGAAAUAAUUAGUUUCUUGUUAAAGUAAAGGAAAUUUAAAAAUAUUGAAUUUCAUUAUAUUGAUAUUUAUGAUGAAGUUACUUUGUAAUAUUUAGCUAAUUGUUUUCAAUUCAUUAAAGUGAAAGAAAUAAGUCUUUUAUAUUAUGAUUAAAAUAACCAUAGUUUUUUAUUCGAUAUUUUUCAUAAUUUUCCUAAUAUAAUUUUACAACAUUAAAACGAAGAAAAUAUUGGCGAAUUAUGGAAUUACGAUGUUAUUGAUCCAAAUUCAUAAAAUGAGAAAGUAAGAUAACUACAAAAUAUCGAAAAUCCAUCAAAAAAUGCUGGUUUCUCAUCUGUACAAAACAUGAAAAAUCUUAAAAAUGAACCCAAAUUUAUCACUUAACAUUUUUUAGUACUAAAUCCAAUAGGCCCAUAGGGAAUAUUAAAUCCCUAGAUAGAAGAAAUUAAUAUAAUUGAGCUUGAAAAGCAAACAAGAAUUCUUUAAAAAACAUAAGAAAAACUAGAAACAUCUUAAGAUAUUAUCGAUGAAGCAAGUACUCAAAUUAAUGCUAUUACCAAAAGAGAUUUAUUUGAAGAUUAAUAUUGGAAAAGUAAUAUUUUAAUGAAAAUGUAUGAUUAUUAUUAAGGCAUAAGAAUAUCAAAAUAGUUGCGAUAAGCUUAUCGAUUAAUUUUAUCAUUAUUAAAUAUUUCCUUAUAAAUUAUUUCUCUUAUCUAUUUAAUUAAUGAUGGUGAUAUUUAUUAAAUAGCAUUAAUAGUUUUAACUGUAUUCAAUCUAUUAUUAAGAACAUUAUCUUAAAUGGUAAUUUAGAUUUUUUCAAUUAACAAACUUUCAUUUUUAAGUUAUUUUUUAGCUUAUGUACUGUUAAUAAUAUUUGACUAUUUUUAAUUAUGGGAUUUAAUGGGGUUUUGUUUUAAGAUAACGCCUAAGAAUUCUAGAAAAUAAUUCAAAAAAAAAAAUCAGAGAGAUUUUAGUUAUGAAGUAUACUUUAAGUUCAGGAGCUAUGCCUUAUAAUUUUAAGGCGGUUUAGCUUCUACUAUAUUUAAUAAUAAAACUGUAGCAUCUCAAAAAUAUUUAUUUAAAUAUAUGCCUAUUUUAUAAAUUAUGACAUGGAGAUCAGAUGUACUUGAAGCUUUGAAUAGAACUCCUUAGUUUAUUAUUUACAUCUUAUCAUUAUCAUCUUAAGUAUUAACUGAAAUUUGGAUUUUAUCUUUUUUUCAACAAUUAAAAGGUAGUAUAUUUGCAAUAAAAGAAAUACUAGAUAAUGUUAUUAAAGACUAUUUUAUUCCAGCUUUGCUUUUAAGAACAGUUUCAGUGGAUUAAUUCUUUUAAUCUAUUUUUUAUCUUGGCUCAAUAUCAAAUUAAAUAAUAUUUGAAGAUCCUAAAUCUUUUUAAAUACUUUCCAAAGUUAAAGAGUAGUAUUUUAAAGAAUAAUUAGUAUUUAAAAUUAAUGUUUAAAACAUUGAUUUUUCUAAUUAUAAAGGUUUAAAAAAAUAAAAAAUGCUAGCUUAGUUUAGAUAUGUUCUUGCUUAAAUAACAAGUAUUCUAGAAAUUGAUUAAGCAUAAAGGUUAUUUUUUAUGGGACCUGAAUUAUAUGAUUUAAUAAGAUGCUUAAAAGUUAGUCCUUUGUAUUAAUUAAAAUUGAAUUAUUAUUUAGAUGAAUUAUAACCCACCCAAAUUACUUAUAUUAAUGGAUUUAUAAAAAAUUGUCCAAAAAAAUUACAAUUUUUAUAAAUCUAGGUAGAAUCAUCAAAAGUACAUUAAAUGGAAUUUUUUGUUGAAAGAUAGGAAACUCUAAAAGCAUUUUCAUUUUCUUAUUUCUAAAUAAUACAAUAAUAAAAAAAUACGGCUACAAUAGUUUAAUAAGAGAACCUGAAUUUAGAUAAGGAUUUUUUAAAAUUAGAUAGGUAUGAUUUUGAACAAUUUUAUUUUGAAGUUUUUGGUAAUCUUAUUUUAACUAAUUGCCAUUAGCUAUUUUAAUAGUUCACCUAAUUGAAAGAGUUCAAGGUAUCGAUUAUUAAUAAUGUGCACAUUCAAAAUUUUUUAUUUUCUAGCAAUUUAGCAAGUAAAGAAUUGGAAAUUUUGGAUGUUACUUUUGAAUGUAUUAGAUUAGAUUUUUAGAACUACCUUUUUAAUAACUUAAAAAUUAUUAAAAUGAUUUUGAAAAUGUGCGAAUUCAACAAAGAAAAUUUGAAGAAUAUUUUAGAAGGUUUAAAUGAUACUACAAAAGAGGUUUAUAUAGAUAUGUCAUAAUGUUUAUGUACGUUUACAUAAAUUGAAUAGAUACAAUUAGUAAGAUUAUUAGAAAGUAAAAAAAUAGAUGUUAACAUAAAGAUUUGA